AUGGCGACCCAAUUGAUUGCACAAACCGAAAGGGUUAAUCAAUUCUUCAACGAACUAGAAUCUCACAAAAACAGCCUCACAAAAUGCACCGACCUAUUCACCACACUCUCCAACCAUUUCUCCACCGCACAAAACUCAAUCUCCCAGAAACUCCAAACCCUAGAUUCCAAAUUCCAAUCCCUCGAAUCCCGAUCCAAGGAAACCCUAGAAUCCCUCAACAACCAAGAGGAUUCCAUCCCGGAGCGUGAAUCCUCCGCCGCCGCGCGCAUUGAUGAGCAGAAGGAAGCUGCACUUGAUGAUCUUCGUAACUCCGUUCCUUUGUCGACGCUGAAUAUAUCUGAUGCUCUUAAGUCUCUUUCGAGGAAGAUGGAUGCUAAUGCUUUGCUGAGGUUUGUGGUUUCCAAGAGGAAGGAGUCAGUGAUGUUGAGGCCGGAGAUUGUUGUGGCGAUUAAGGAGGCUGUGGACCCCCCGAGAUUGGUUUUGGAUGCGGUCGAAGAGUAUUUGAAGAGUAAAACGGAGGCCAAGUCUGGUGUGACUGAUAAGAGAUGGGCGUGUGGGCUUUUGAUUCAGGGGUUGAUUUCAGAGUCGAGUGUGUAUUCUAGGAGGAUUGUGGAGAGAGCUGCGGGGCUUGUGGAUUUGUGGAAGGAACAGCUGGAUGGGGAGCCAGAGAAGGGUGCUGCUGAAGUGGUCAUGUUUUUGCAGAUUGUGGCGUGCUUUGGGUUAAGGGAGAAAUUGGAUGAUGAGUAUGUGAGGAAAUCUGUGAUGGAGUUUGCUUCAAGGAGGGAUAUGGCCAAGGUGGCUGCUUCAUUGGAAUUUGGUGACAAGAUGAUAGAUAUUAUAGAUGAACUAGUAAAAAAUGGCAAAGAGAUAGAGGCUGUUUAUUUUGCUUCAGAAUCUGGUUUAACUAAAAGAUUUCAACCAAUCAAGCUACUCGAGUCUUAUGUUCGGAACUACAAAAGUAAUGCAGCUAGCAUAUUGGCGAAUGGAAAUAACAGUCACGCUGCCACAGAUGAGUCAACUACUUUGGAGUUGAAUUCAAUUAAGGAUGUAAUCAAAUGUGUGGAAGAUCACAAACUUGAAUCAGAAUUUAGGCUCGAUGAAGUGAAAAAGCGGGCCUCCCAGUUGGAGAAAAGCAGGGCUGAGCGAAGGAAGACUUCAAUAUUUGGAAGUUCAAGAUCAUUUGUAAGUGGAAGUGGAGUUGGAAGUGGAAGUAAAUCUCGAAAGCGUGGCAGUCGAGGGAGUGGAUCAAGCUCUUCUCGUCCAGCCAAAUCAGUCAGAACUAGUGUAUACCCGUCAUCUUACAGUCGCAGGAACCUGGCUCCUAUACAUCCUAGUCCUAGUCCAAGAUAUUCAGCACCAUUACAUUACCCAAGCCAAACUAUGUUGGAAAAUUCAACUGCUGCUAAUCAUUAUGCAGCAACCUAUGGAAACUCCAUCUCUCAAAGCCCAGCUGGAAUAGGAAUAGCACAACAACAACAUUACUCAUACCCUGUUGACAACAACUUAGGUCCUUCUAAUUACCUAUCCAGUAGUUCUUAUGCAGGACAGACUAGCUAUGGGGUAUAUGAUUAUGGAAGUGCUGCUGCUCCACCAACUUAUCCAUACACAGUAGAUCAAACCAGCUACAGGGGUUGA